AUGCUCAAUACGAAUUUGGUAGGACUCAAGAGGACAACUUUGAAGUCACUCCUACGACUGACACGCACCAAAUUUAACAAGCCAUUCUACAUUUCUGCAGUGGGCAAACGGUGUGCAUGUUUAUGCAGCCUAGGGUACUAUAAAAAUGUCCAAGGCCCAGGAGCAUGGCCUAGGAAUGUUCGGUUUUACUCCACACAAACUGAGCAUAGGCAAAAGGCGGUCAUAGAGACGACCGCGGCAAAAAUUGUCAUAGACAAAACCGAAAGGAGAGAGAAAGUGUUACCAGUGGAGAAAACAAUUGAUGUCAGAUUAAGUACACUCUGGAAGGAGAAAAUCGAUCCGUAUGUUAAGCUGGCACGAUGGGACAGACCUAUAGGUGUCUACUUGCUGUACUGGCCUUGUACGUGGUCGAUCGCUCUCGCCUCUGUGCCGGGAACGGUGCCUCUGUCCACAACCCUGGGAACUGCUGGGUUGUUCCUGGUUGGAGCUGGCCUGAUGCGCGGCGCCGGUUGCACCAUCAACGACAUGUGGGACAAAGAUAUAGAUGCUGAGGUGGAGAGGACGAAGGACAGGCCGCUGGUUUCAGGAGCACUGUCAGAGAGGCAAGCAGUUGGAUUCCUCGCGGCCCAGCUAAGUCUGGCUUUAGGCAUACUGUUGCAGCUGAACUGUUACAGCAUAGUGCUGGGAGCUAGCAGCAUGCUUCUGGUGGUGACCUACCCGCUGAUGAAGAGGAUCACGAACUACCCCCAGAUAUUCCUGGGGGCAACCUUCAACUGGGGCGCGCUGCUGGGCUACUCGGCCAUUCAUGGCACCGUAGACCCACUAGUUUGCCUGCCCCUCUACGCCGGAGCCCUCGCCUGGACGGUCGUCUACGACACCAUCUACGCCCACCAGGACAAGGACGACGACGCCCGCAUAGGCAUGAAGUCCACCGCGCUCACCUUCGGCCGGCACACGAAGCCCGCGCUUAGCCUGGCCCUGGGGCUCAGCGCGGCCUCGCUGUGGGGCGCGGGCGCGGCGGCCGGGCUGGAGGCGCCCUUCUACGUGGCGGUGGGGCUGUACGCGCUGCACGCCGGCAGACAGAUCUACACCCUGAACCCGAACAAUCCAGACGACUGCGCGAAAAAGUUCAAAUCCAACUCUAUGGUCGGCCUCAUAAUCCUGCUGGGAAUCCUAGCCGGCGGCUAUAGACAAUACACGGAGAACAGACAGAAGAAUAAAGGCAAAGAGAACAUAGAGGCGACGAAGAGCUGCAUUUUUAGC